CGGAAGAGGCAAAGAGUUCUACGGAAGAGCUACAUUUCUACGGAACAGCGACGGCUUAUACUACGGCCGGGCUAGAUUUCUACGGAAGAAUCUCGUGACUGUUUCCAUAGAACAGCUAUAUUUCUAAGGAACGGUCGCAGAUAUACAAGGAACGAUGGCAGAAUUCUAAGGAAAGAUGUUUAAUUCUGAAAAGAAUAGUUACAUUUUAACAGAACGACACUACAUUUUCAAGUAGAAGCGUUGUCCCUUCUGGGCCACCGUAGAUAUGGCUUUGCAUGUGUCAGGCUCUCCUUUCUCCUCUCCCCUCCCCUCCCCUCCCCCCUUCCUAAAACCCCCAGAGAGCCUAAUCCUCAGGCUACUAAUAGAUGAAUGACGUUUUGUGCCCAGGCUACUUGGUGUAGAACUAAGCUGUUUGUUAGCUGUUUGUGGAAGCUUAGGUUUGCAGUUAAACCUCUUUGUUUGAGGGAAAUGGUGGUGAAAAUUCUUUUCCGUGUAUUUUUUGUGAUUUUUCUCCAUCGUUCCAGUUUUGCUUCCGACAGGGUAUUCACGAAUUCAUGGGCCGUGAAAAUUCUUGGAGGCAAUGCUGUGGUGGAAAGAUUGGCACGCAAGUACGGCUUCGUGAAUGAAAGUCAGGUGGUCUCUGAUUACUAUGUAUUUGACCACAGGAUGGUUCAGACAAGAUCAGAUUGUCCUAGUAAACAUAUUGAUAAUGAACUUUUAGCAGAACCAGAGGUAAUUUGGGCAGAGCAGCAAGUGUUCAGUAAAUAUGAACUCUACUACUCCCCUCAUGAUGGACUAAAUUUUAAUGAUCCAAAGUGGCCAUUACAGUGGUACUUGGAGAGAAAUGAUGGACCUUCUUACAAUCUGUUAGAGGUUUGGAAGAUGGGUUAUACUGGUAAAGGAGUUGUCAUUGGUGUGGUGGAUGUAGGACUGGAAAAAGACCACCCUGAAAUAGAGAGAAAUUUUGAUGAAGCAGCAAGUUUUGACUUUUUGGAGGGGGAUAAAGAUCCUUCAUCAAGUGAUGACGCCGUUAGUGUAAGCCAUGGUAACAGUUGUGCAGGUAUUAUUGCAGCAGUGGCAAAUAAUUCUUUCUGUGGCAUUGGAAUAGCUUAUUCUGCAAGAAUUGCUGGUAUUAGGAUUUUGGGUAAAAACGCACUCACUGAUAACUUAAAAGCAAAGGGCAUCAGUUUUAAGCCGGAUUAUGUGGACAUAUAUUCCAAUAGUUGGGGCCCUUCAGAUAGUGGGUUUGAAAUCGGAGAAGCUGGUGUGGUUACUGAAGAAGCCCUUAAGCAAGGUGCAGUCAAGGGUCGAAAAGGACUUGGUUCAAUAUUUGUGUUUGCUGCUGGAAAUGGAGGAUAUAAUAAGGACAAUUGCGCCUUCAAUGGUCUCGUGAAUAGCAUCUAUACCAUUGCUAUAGCAGGUGUAAAGAAAGAUGGCUCAUUGCCAGGAUAUGGCGAAAAAUGUCCUGGAAUUUUAGCUGUUACAUUCAGCAAAGCACUGUUUUCCAUUUUAGACAACGCCAAGCUGAUAACGGCAGACGAAAAAGGGAAAUGUACAGAACACUUUAGUGGUAGUUCAGCAGCAGCAGCAAUGGCGUCAGGACUGAUUGCGUUAGCUGUCGAGGCAAAGUAGGGUGUCAAUUACGAUU